AUGGGAAUCGGCGACUUUGAGUUUGAGCUACUUGAAGAACAAGGCGGAAAUAUCUCGUCUGAGAAUUUUAACCAACUUCUCUCCCAGCUCAAGAAACGCCACUCUCUCGACCAUAUUGAUCAAUCAACUCUAGGAACGGCGCUUGGUGAACUUGAUAUAGUCUACGUCGUGCUCCGAAGAGGCUAUCUAACCCAGGUAGACGAUGAAGGAAACCCCCUCUAUACCCUCGUUAUGAAUAAUAAUGAUGUAGACUAUUGGUUGGCCGGAUUUGGUAGUCUACGCUUUCCCAACGCCGCGCGUGGCGACGCGAGUGCCGCAGAAAUCACGGUAUCGCUUUUGUCACGAGCGCGGAGAAUCGGCGGCGGGCGCCUGCUUGUCCAAAAGCUCCUCCAACACGCUUUCGAUACGCUUCGCAUCCGUCGGGUCACCGCGUCUAUCGUAUGCCCAAUACAACCACACCAUUCGGCGGAACAGAAAAGGCGGAUAUUAUUCAAUACCAAGGAACUAUGUUGGGUGUUUGAAAAGUUUGGGUUCAAGUUUGAGGGGGUUAGUCGGGGAGCGGUCGAGAGUUCUGUAGCUGCUGAAGAUGGGAAGCCUGUGUGGCACGAUGUGCACCGGCUGUCGGUCUUGCUCAUUGAUAAUUUCGAACAAGGAACAGCACCCAGUCUUUCCAGCUCGCCAGCCAUUUCGAAAGAGGGCCCGGAACAAACGCUCACAAAAAGUCCAUGGGAAACCAUGAUCCGGAGACACGAGGAGGAGAAAAGUGAAAUGCAGUCGUGGACUACAGAAUCUCGGCUUGUGGUGACUGUCCAGGAGGGUUGCGAAGAGGAAGAAGAGGAUAGCGACAACGAAACUGUCCAAGGAGCGAGCAGUGAUAGCGAAUGGGAAUUACCAGAUGACUUUGAUUCCUAG